AUGGACAUGAGCAAGAUUGGUCACGCUUCAAUUCAGGUCUCUCUGGGAGAAAGAUCAUGGCCUCCAGCUGCUGGUUACUCAUUUGUCUGCUGGUUUCAGUUUCGAAAUCUCUUGAAGUUGCCGGUUAAAGAACCAGAGUCCAAAGCUGGUCCUUCUAAGAGGCGGAGCAGUUCUGCUGGGCAACAUCACGAGCGGCAUGUUCUACGGAUAUUUUCUGUUGGUGCAGCAAAUGAUGAAAAUACAUUCUAUGCAGAACUUUAUCUUCAUGAGGAUGGUGUUCUAACCCUUGCAACCAGCAACUCUUGUUCCUUAUCAUUUUCAGGAUUAGAACUUGAGGAAGGCAGGUGGCAUCACCUUGCAGUUGUACAUAGCAAACCAAAUGCUCUUGCUGGACUGUUCCAAGCCAGUGUUGCUUAUGUGUAUCUUGAUGGAAAGCUGAGACACACUAGGAAACUAGGAUAUUCUCCAUCUCCGGUUGGAAAACCUUUGCAGGUAACGGUGGGGACCCCGGUUACUUGUGCAAGAGUUAGUGACUUGACCUGGAAGGUCCGUUACCUUUUUGAGGAGGUGCUCACCUCAGGUUGUAUUUGUUUCAUGUACAUUCUUGGUCGAGGGUAUCGAGGGCUCUUCCAAGACACAAGUUCUCAUUGUGGGAAUUAA